CGGCGCCGCCGCUUCUCGCCGCCAUGAGCGCCGGGCAGGCCGCGGGGGAGGUGGCGGGCGGCGGCUCGGCGCUGCCCAGGGUGCUCUCGGCCCUCUUCUAUGGGACGUGUUCCUUCCUCAUCGUCCUGGUCAACAAGGCCCUGCUCAGCGCCUACAGCUUCCCAUCACCAAUGUUUCUUGGAAUUGGACAGAUGGCAGCCACUAUACUUAUAUUGUAUGUGUCAAAACUGAAUAAGAUUGUCCACUUCCCUGAUUUUGAUAAAAGUAUACCUGUGAAGUUGUUUCCUCUACCUCUGAUUUAUGUUGGAAACCACUUAAGUGGUUUAUCAAGUACCAGCAAACUCAGUUUGCCGAUGUUUACAGUGCUCAGGAAGUUUACCAUUCCACUUACUUUACUGCUGGAAAUCAUCAUACUUGGGAAACGAUACCCACUGAGUAUUGUAGUCAGCGUAUUUGCCAUCAUUCUUGGGGCUUUCAUAGCAGCUGGGUCUGAUCUGUCUUUUAAUCUGGAGGGUUACACAUUUGUAUUGCUAAAUGAUAUCUUCACAGCGGCAAAUGGAGUUUACACAAAGCAGAAAAUUGAUCCAAAGGAGUUGGGAAAAUACGGUGUCCUUUUCUAUAAUGCUUGUUUCAUGGUGAUUCCAACAGUUAUUAUUAGCUUUUCUACUGGAGACUUUCAGCAGGCAACACAUUUCCAGCACUGGACAAAUAUUUUAUUUGUCUGUCAAUUUAUUCUUUCCUGCUUGUUGGGGUUUCUCUUGAUGUAUUCUACUGUCCUAUGCAGUCAUUACAAUUCUGCGCUUACAACGACAGUGGUUGGUGCCAUCAAGAAUAUAUCCAUUGCUUACAUCGGAAUGUUGAUUGGUGGAGAUUACAUAUUCUCUGUGUUAAACUUUAUAGGGCUAAAUAUUUGUAUGGCAGGAGGACUGAGAUACUCAUUUUUAACAUUAAGAGGAAACAGCAAGUCUACACAACCUGGGGAUGAAGAGAAUGUGCUUCCUGAGUCAAAGAGUUAGCCAAAAGGCCUGCCUUGAAAGAGGCUGAAGAUACAAGUUUGUUUAGCAUUGCUGGGGAUUUAAAUAAGUACGUGCUGGAACAUAUUUGGAACAAGAAACAAAAAAUCUACCUCAAUUGCCACAGAUGUGCACACAACUCAUUGAUUCAGAAAUAUUCUUGUACGCUAUGUUUUUUACAUAUGGACAAGUUUAAUUUUUCGCCAUGAACUAAUUUAUAGGAAGGAAUGCCAUGAGCAAAUCUCAAGUUGUAAAUUUCUUCUUUUACCUGUACAUUGGUGCUAUUUGUUCUAUUUCAGUGUCUACCUGCACUCUUUGAGGCAAAACUGCCUGUAAAGAUCAUGAGGCUUGAUUCACCAUUGCCUUAUGCCAUAUGCAAUCUUUGAUAGCAGUGAAGAAAUGAAAGAUGAUAGUGAUUCAGAAUGAUUUCACGUAUGCAUUUGUUCUUGUGUAAGUGACUGUAGAACAUAUGGGGCAAAGAGCAGACAGGAUCAUUCCCUGUGUAAGUCUUGACUGAAGAAUUCAGGAUACGGCCUAGUGUGCCUGGUAUGCAUUGUGUAGGCAUUUUCUCUCAAUCUUUUCCUCAUCCUCAAUAACAUCAUGGUGUUCUGCUGCAGUUGUCCCUGUUGUUUAAGUGAAAUCUCCUAACUUUGCUGCAGGACUGUGGAGAGAAGGAAAUUGAGAGAUUUUUUUGUAUUUAAAAGGAUUGUUUUGUGUGUGUGAGGCCUGUACCAAACAGGUAAUUAGGAGAGAUAACAAAGGUGAAUAUUUUUUUCAGGUACAUUUGUUUUCUCACAGUCUCCUCCUCUGAUGUUUUGUCUAUAAUUGCCUUUUAAUGCUGCAGAGAAAUUAUGCUAGUAUAUGCAAACUACAGGAGUAGUUUUAUUGAUAUAUGGACUGAUUCAUAUAUGGAAGACUAACGUGUUUAAAUGAGGAGAAAGGAUCCGUGUCUUCUUGUGUCUUAUAUAUGCAGUGAAAGCUUAUCUGGUUCUAGUUUGUGCUUAAAAUUCAAAACAAGGAAUCAUAAUAAGCCCAAGGGUUGUUGGAGUAGGCAAAGCUGGUCCAGUGGUUUUAAAAAAAAAAGUCUGGAAUCUGGUUGUUUGAGUUAUCAUCUAGGACAAUAAUGGCACCACUCCGUGUCCUAAUUUUCUUCUCUGCAAAUACAGUUGAUAAUGCUUACCUGAGUAUCUGAGGAUAUAGCAUUAAUCUUUGAAAGCACCGUAGAAGCAUUGCAGCACUGGAGGACAGCAGAGUCAUUAAUCUUCUUGAAGAUUUCAACUUCUGCAAGCAUAAUCAAAAUAAUGAAAUCAAAAGAAGAUUUUGGAAGAUCAUGACAUGGAAUCCGGGUGAUCUAAUGACUUGUUUUAUGCCUACUUGAAUUAAAUGUAGCUAAAUCUGUAAAGCAUUACUCUGUGUGUAACAUGUGAUUGACUAAACUGGAUUAGAUCUACGAAACAUGUGAGUAGCUCACACCAGAAGCUUCAGGGAAUGACUGGGCUGCCAGCUUCCUGUGUGCAUUUGAAUGGCAAGAGGACAAGUGACUGCAGAUACUAGAAGUGGAAUUUAAGGGCACAGCCAAAGUGGAAACAGAAGUUUGUGCUAUCCAGUUUCUCACAGCUGGCUAAGAGAUGUGACUUUCAUUUUCUACCUAUUGAAGAGCUAGGAAGGGAAGGGGUCACUGAAAAUAUUUUAGAGAGAUCUGGUUUUAAAGAUUUUUAUCUUAAAAAGCCUUCAGUAUUUUUGAGUAUAUUCUUUUAUAGGACUCCUCUUUCUCCAGAUCAUCUCUACCUCCAGAAUCCCAAUUAUUGAAUGUUAUCUCUCUGCAGUGGAACAAGUCAUUGGAAGGUUUUCAUUAAUUAUGAAAAGGUUAUGAGAGCCACACAAAUGGACACAUAAUGGACACAUAAUGGUACCUGCUAAAUAAAAUUUAGUUCCCACAAAGGAACAGCUACUGUAUGCAUUUAAUUCAUGAAUAUUUUUCUGUACCUUUUAUAAAUAAAGAGAUGCAGAUUAUAAUUUUAA